CGGUAGCCUUGGAAUGGGAUAUGGUCUCGAGUGACCCAGAGACGAAUCCAGGCCUGCAUAAUUGGAACGUUGUUUUCGUCAAGUACUGCGAUGGAAACUUCUGGUCGGGUGCUACGAUGGAUACCGAAGAGAUGCACGACCUCAGGUUGCAUUUUCGAGGAAAAUUCAUCCAAGAGGCCAUCAUGAGAGACUUGACAGACUUCAUGGGUCUCGACAAGGGAGAAGAGCUUGUCUUCGCCGGCUGCUCAGCAGGAGCCAUGAUAGCCUACCUCCAGGUUGAUUAUUGGGCCGCAUCGGGGCUUAUCCCUCCAUCUAUUCGCAAG